GACCUCCAAAGCAGCUUAAAAUAUCCAAAUUGUCCUUUAAUGGGAAAAAAUAUGAUUUUUAAGCUGAUUUAUCUCUAACAAAACAAAAUUUUAGUUACGACAUCAUGUUUAAAGAAUAGAAUGUCUUUUCGACUUUCCCCGAGACGAAUGUCUAUAACCUCUCGGCAAAAUAAUAAUAAAAAAGAAAAAGAAAAAUAUAUUUAUGCAGCGUCUGAAAUCUAAGCUCAACACAGACUGAAAGAGUGAGCUCUAAAUCAUAGAAAAUGGUGAACAAGGUACACUACAAUUGGAAAUCAUGGUGGCGGGUUUUCAACAAUCACAAUUACUUUGUUAUCAAAUUUGGGGUUUCGAUUCUUCUAGUGGCUCUUGCAUUUAGACUCCUCUACAAUAGAUCCUUCGAAUUCUCUCCAGCUUCAGACACCCCUUUUCUCCAAACUUCUCAGAUUUCAGUGCCCCCUUCAGUUUCCGUCGAUUCGGAACCAAGUACUGAUCAGAUUCCUCCACAAGAUAGUGAUGGAAAAUGUGAUCUUUUUUAUGGCGAUUGGAUUCCUGAUAAAUCUGAGCCAUUUUACACAAAUAACACUUGUGAGUAUAUUGAGAAACAUCAGAAUUGUAUGAAGAAUGGGCGACCAGACAGAGGCUAUCUUUACUGGAGGUGGAAGCCCCGUGGUUGCGAUUUGCCCCGGCUUGAUCCAUGGAGGUUUCUUGAUUUGAUGAGGAACAAAAGUUGGGCGUUGAUUGGCGAUUCUAUAUCCAGGAACCACGUGCAGUCGCUGCUCUGCAUGCUCUCAGUGGUCGAAAAGGCAGAUCAUGUUUAUCAUGACGAGAGUUACAAAAACCGAAGAUGGGUCUUCCCCUCAUACAAUUUCUCUCUUUCAGUCCUCUGGUCCCCCUUCCUCGCUCAAGCUGCCAUUUUCGAAGAUAUGGACGGUGUUGCUACUUCUGAAAUAGAACUGCAUCUCGACAAACUCGACAAGAACUGGACACAGCACUACAACAGUUUGGAUCACAUGAUACUCUCAAGUGGCAAAUGGUUUGUUAAAGGAGCCAUCUACUAUGAAGACGACAAGAUAUUAGGCUGCCACUUCUGCCCGAAGAGGAACAUCACUGAGGUCGGGAUUAAAUUUGCGUACCGCAAAGUCAUCAGGAAUGUGUUCAACUACAUCAUCGCGUCAAAACACAAGGGGACAAUCUUCUACAGGACCUCCACGCCUGACCACUUUGAAAACGGGGAGUGGUUCAGUGGCGGAACUUGUCAAAGGAAAGUACCUGCAAGGCACGGUGAGUUUGAGUUGAAGGAACUGAACAGGAUUCUCCGAGAGGUGGAACUAGAAGAGUUUGAGAAUGCGUCGGCUAAAGCUACUGAAAACGGGGUAAACCUUAAACUCUUAGACGUGAACCCUCUUUCACUGCUACGGCCGGAUGCACACCCGGGCCCCUACCGGUUUUUCCAACCAUUCGCCAAAGACAAGAACGCGAAGGUGAUCAAUGACUGCCUCCACUGGUGUCUCCCCGGCCCGAUAGAUACUUGGAAUGAUCUGCUGAUGGAGAUGCUUGUCAGCAGUUGAGAAACGAGUCGUGAUCAUGCACGUUUUCCGGUUCGUGCAUGAACAUCGGUUCAGUAAGUUUUUUUUAUGCUCUUGUGAUCAGCAGAAGAAUUCUAUGUAUUUAUACGGUAUUAAUUGAUUGUGUUAUACUGUAUCUAAAAUGUAUUGAGCUUUGUUUCUGAAUGUAUAAUAGCACAGAAAUCACAUGAACAGUGUGAGUAUUGCUCCAGAGAAAAUUCAAAAAUAUGGUUGCUGAAAAAAAUUAGUGAGGAAAUGUUUUUGUUUUAGUGUAUGUAAAUUGCUUUUUAUCUUAUGCUGCAGUAGAUCAUUUAAUGGAAACUAAAUGAUUUUGUGUGAGAAAAA